CGCACGCAACAAACUCCGCCCACGGCGGGGCGCGAACACCUUCCGCCGCCGGCCCCGUCCUCCUUCGCGGCCAACGGCGGUAAACCAAAGCUCCACGGCGGCCGCAACCUCCGACCGACGAACCGGCCGCGAAAAAAAAACGCUUUUUUAACAGUCAGUCGCGCCGGUCCGCCCGUCCCCGACGACACGCACACCGCAGCAGCGGCCGCCGCAACACCGUCGUCGUCAUCGUCGCCGUCGUCGUUGUCGUCGCCGCCGCAGCCUUCGACUUCCUAUUCUUCGUCUUCGUCGCGGCCGCUCGCGGUUUGACUCUUCGUCUUUUCUCCUCUUUUAUACUCUUAAUAUUUUGUAUUACGUUCGUCUCGCGCAUCGAACAACAUGCACCUGUCGGAACCCAUGAGGAACCGCGACGGUUUCCUCAAGGCCGACGUGCUGGCCGAACGGACGUUGGACAGUCUGCUAGCCGAACAUCCCGGCGAGCUGGUCCGCACCGGUUGCCCGCACGUCGUGUGCACGGUGCUGCCCACGCACUGGCGGUCCAACAAGACGCUUCCGGUGGCGUUCAAGGUGGUGGCGCUGGGCGAGGUGCCGGACGGCACGCCGGUCACCAUACGUGCCGGCAACGAUGAGAACUUUUGCGCGGAGCUGCGCAAUUGCACCGCCCUCAUGAAGAACCAGGUGGCCAAGUUCAACGAUUUGCGAUUCGUCGGUCGAUCCGGGCGAGGAAAAAGUUUUACGCUGACUAUAAUGUUGAAUUCCUGUCCACCACAAGUAGCAACUUAUUCCAAAGCCAUCAAAGUCACAGUAGAUGGACCCAGAGAGCCGAGGUCAAAAACCAGCCUAUUAUUUAAUUCAUUUGCAGGAAACCAAGGGUUUCAUCCUUUUCACUUUGGACCUAGACCUUUCCCGUUCGGCACACCAUUGGAUCCCAAUAGAAUAGCAGAAUUGCCGUUAAAAUUGUCAGGUCUUGCCCAUUCAUGGGGCACAUCGUUUUCCAGAGCUUUACCAUCAACCGCAUAUCCCCCGUAUUUGGCUAAUAAUUGCGGUCCGCCGACAUUUCAACACUCGAACUUCACCAACAUUUUCCCAUACAAUGGUACGACCAAUGAAGUGAUUCAACAGCAGACGAUUAACUCGGGCGCAGAUGGCAUCAAUAGCAGCGCCAGGACCGUGACGGAGCCGUUGGGCCCGAUCAGCGUCAACGUGAGCGUGGAUAGCGCGACGACCAGAAGUCACAGGACCGGGAUCAGGGGUCACAGGGGUCUGUUGACUACGGUUACCGGAAGCGGCGCGCACAAGCGGCAUCACCACCACCAUCACCACCAUCACCACAAGCGACAUCGCGCGGACAACCGGUCGGAGAAGAGUGCUGUGGUGUCGGCGGCGAUGGCAGCGGACCGUUUGUCACCGACGGCCGUUACGGCGUCCGCAUCUGCAGCAGUCAGCAACAGCAACAACAACAACAACAACAACAAUAACGACAACAACAACAACAACGGCGGCGGAGGCAUCGACGAACACGACAAGAACAAGCGACGUGCGUCCGACGACGACCACCGCGGUGGUCGGCGCUCGGCCAAGACGCCUCCGUCGCCGCCGCCGCAGCUGCGACCGCCACCGCCCGCGCAGCCCGUCGCUCAGCUGCCGCCGCACAUCAUGGCCGCGGCCGGAGCAGCCGUGUCGCCGCGAUCGCAUCACCCGGCCGCGCCCGCGCCGCCCGUCACGCAACCCGUACCGCUGGUCGCGCCGUCGCUGUUCAGCCUGUUCCUGAACGCGCCACUGAUGCAACCGCACACGCAGUGGCUGUACUCUCAGCUGUACCCCAACCCGUACCUGAGCCACAUACGCAACACGAUGAUAUUCGACAACGAGUCGACGGCCGCUGCGGUGGCCGCGGCCGCGGCGCAGAAGGCGGCAGGCGACGGCAUCGGCGGCGGGGGCGACGACGGCGGCGAUGGGGGGUCGGUGGCCGAGAACGAGUCGUCCAAAAAGUCGCCCGCCGCGGACGAGGGUGACGCGGACUGCGGCCGCGGCGACGACGGAGACGACCGCGACGGAGCUGCAGACGCAUCGCCGGCAGUCUCGCCCAAGACCACCACCAAGCAGACCGCGGACGUCUGGCGGCCGUAUUGAUGCAGCGUGCUUUGCACCGCGGCCUAGGCGAUAUCGAUGACGACGACGAUGACGUCGAUGAUGACGAUGAUAUCGCCGAAGCACGCGUGCGCGCAUGCCCCUUCCAAAAUUUUAAUCUCAGUACGAUUGCACCGCGCGCGAGUACCAACGACGGACACGUACUUUUGAAAAUAAUAUUAUAUACGUAAUUUACUUGUACCUUGUACUGCAAACACCGUUAAUGAUUUGUCCGCAUAAUGCUGUUGUUGUUGUUGUUGUUGUUGUUCGUCUUACGCCACCCCGUGCACCCGCGCUUAUCUGAAGGAGCUCCGCGGCGGUCCCGCUCCCGGAGGUACAGUUUUGGCGUUUUCGAUGCGUCACAUAGCCGCCAGCCGGAGCACAUUGUAAUAAGCGUAUUUCAUAUUACCUCCGUUGUUUUUCUCGUUAGCUUUUUUGUGAUAUCAGACUCGUGCAAGUCGAACGGUGGACCUGUUUGCAAAAAAAAAUAAAAAAU